AUGACGAAUACACCCACGACCGAGCUCUUCACGGUGGCCGAGAUCCACUUUAUCUGCAGCGCGUUUGCACCCAGCGGCUCGACACUCGAGCUCGAGCCGGCACACGUGACCGACGUCGCCGCCAUCGACCUCGGCAGCGCCUUCGAGCCCGCUUUUGUCUGCCUUGUGGACGGCUGUGCCACAUCCAUUCCGUGGCGGCGAGGCCACUGCAAGCUCCAUGGUGGCACCAAGCGCUGCAGCCACGCGGGCUGUCCGCGCGGCCCGCAGAAAGGCGGCUUUUGCAUCGCCCAUGGGGGCGGUCGUCGCUGCUCGAUGGACGGCUGCACCAAGGCCGUGCAGACGCUUGGGCUCUGCAAGGCGCAUGGCGGCGGCAUCCGGUGUUCGGUCGACGGCUGUGACAAGAGCUCGCAAGGGGGCGGGCAUUGCCGGAAACACGGUGGCGGCAAGCGCUGUGCGUCGCCCGGCUGCCUCAAAGGCGUGCAGCGCGGCCAGUUUUGCGCCAAGCACGGCGGGUUCCGCCACUGCCUUGUUGCAGGAUGUCCCCGCACCGACCGCGGCGGCGGCCUCUGCGAUACCCACCGCAUCCAAACCAAGUCGUCUUGUCACGAGAUGUCGGUGCUCCACAUCUAGUGGUAGCCCGC